CCGAGAACUAUUCUCACACCAUGGCCUGUGAUCAACCCGUAUUGCCUAGCUUACAACUCACAUCAGACCAACCCCUACGACAUUCACAGAAAGCCAACAAAAAUUAUGCUCAGAUAUAUUAUACGUCAUCUUAAAAGACUCUUUACCAGUCACAAAAAUGAUCGUUUUUCUCUGAUAUGUUCCUCUGCCAUGCAUGAAGUUAUGGAAGUUCACAGUUUUACAGCCACGUCAGAUGAACCUUACGCGUAUGGUCCAGAUGCGCUAAGUCAGCUAUUGUACAUCGAAAAGUACCAAGGAAUUGGCUGGGGGCUCGAGGAUGAACCUUACUUGAAAUUUAUUGGUCACUACGGUCAGCCGCCUGAACGCAAGUUCACUCAUUGGUCACGUACGUUCUUUAACACCUGGGCUCUGCCGCGGAGCAUGUUGGAACAAAUGGUGCCUGAAGAUGAACAAAUGUAUAUGGAAUCACAUUAUGGCUUCAAUUGGUCUCGGGUAUCAGUCGAGGCGAGGCUCAUUUCGGUGCCUACGUGCAGGGCACAUUGGACCAUGACUCUUGCUGGAGAUGGACAAAGUAUCAAUAUAUCCUUCGAAGAACAGGAAUUUCGAUAUUAUGACAAUUCUGUUUAUCAGAACACUGAUACUAUGGCUGUCUACGAGACCAAAGACUGCUCAGUGAAGGGACUAUCAGCGAACGUGUGGAUUCCGGAGCAUCUGAAGCAGCACAAUACUUGUCCUUGUGUGGAUUGGCUUUUUCUCAAUCUUUGGAAUUUUGACCGCUUGGGCUUUCUUAAUCUUGAUAAUGGAAGUGGCAACCAUCUUCUCACCUUCUUACAGGAGAAACAGAAUGAGGUUGUCAGCUCUGCUGAAAGCUAUUUUCAAUCUUGAUAUAAGCUCUAUUAUAUAUAAGUCUGUCUGCUUCUGCUCUUACUCAAUGUAAUUAGUUUCUGAUAUUGCGUUUCUAUUAUGGCUGAACCCUCAGGAUUACCAAAGAGUCAAUUCAAUAGCCUUGAACUCAUGAGGUUUAAUAAAC